CAAGAUGUCGAACAAGAUUGCAAUCGUACUGGCUCUGUUGGCUGUGGUGAUCGCCUGUGUUCAGGCCCACAACGAAUCGAAGCGUGGGUUCGUUCGCCCUCUGCCGCGGUUCCACCCGAGACCGCACUACGCCAUCGGUAACCAGCGCAUCGUCGGUGGAUUCGAGAUCGACGUCUCCGAGGCUCCGUAUCAGGUGUCGCUGCAGUACAACAAGCGACACAACUGCGGUGGUUCCGUUCUAUCCAGCAAGUGGGUCCUGACGGCUGCUCACUGCACGGACGGUGCUUCGGCCAAGAGCUUGAGCGUGCGCGUCGGAUCAACUGCUCACGCUUCCGGUGGAACUGUGGUGGCUGUUGAGCGCGUCGUCCAACAUCCGAGCUACGAUGCAUCCACGAUCGACUUCGACUACUCGCUGCUGGAACUGGAGAGUGAGCUGUCGUUCAGCGAGGAAGUUACACCGGUCGCACUUCCGGAACAGGAUGAGGCUGUCGAGGAUGGAACCAUGACGACGGUGUCUGGAUGGGGCAACACCCAGAGCUCUUCGGAAUCGAACGCGCGCCUGCGUGCCGCUAACGUGCCGACCGUGAACCAGCAGCAGUGCCAUAAGGCCUACCAGUCCUUCGGAGGUGUGACUGAGCGUAUGCUCUGCGCCGGAUACCAACAGGGUGGCAAGGACGCCUGCCAGGGAGACUCUGGUGGUCCGCUCGUUGCUGAUGGCAAGCUGGUUGGUGUUGUCUCGUGGGGCUACGGAUGCGCUCAGGCCGGCUAUCCGGGAGUUUACUCGCGUGUGGCUAGCGUGCGCGACUGGGUUCGCGAGAACAGCGGUGUGUAAGGACAUCCAACUACGCAAACGAAUGGAACUACAACGAAAUAAAUGAAUACGAGCAUUAAAGAAAAU